UCCACCUCCGUCUACGAGACGCGCCUCGGCUUGGUCUCCCUCUCCUGGUCCCGCACCGCCCUCGGCCUCUGCCUGCUCGCCGAGCUCCGCCUCCGCGACGAUGGCGACGGCGACGACGAGGAGGAGCCCCUCGCCUUCCGGAUCCGCCCCUGGCUCUUCUGGAAGCGCCGCGGCUCAAAGCGCUUCCACCUCGGCGAUCGCCGCGGCGGCGGCGGCCCGCAGACGGUGGAGCUCGCGUGGGACCUCACGCGCGCGCGGUUCCCCCCGGGCGGGGCCCCGGAGCCUGCCGGAGGGUACUUCGUCGCCGUCGCCGUGGACGGCGAGGCCGCCCUCGUCGCCGGCGACCUCCGCGGCGAGGCCUACAAGAGGGCGGCGGCGCGAUCGGCCCCGCGCGGGGAGGCGCUCCUGAUCUCGCGGCGGGAGCACGUGGCGAUGCGGCGGGACGCGCGUAGCGGGGUGCGGUCGUACGCGACCUCGGCGCUGUUCGGGGGCAAGGAGAGGGAGAUCACCAUCACCCUCACGUCGAAGGAGAAGGAGAAGGAGAAGGAGAAGGAGAAGGAGAAGGAGAAGGAGAGGAAGGGCAAGGGCAAGGGCAAGGGGGAGGACAUGGCGAUGUCGAUCGCCGUCGACGGCUCCCGCGUCCUCCACGUCCGCCGCCUCCGCUGGAAGUUCCGCGGCAGCGACACCGUCGACGUCGACUCCUCUCCCAUCCAGAUCUCUUGGGACCUCCACAGCUGGCUCUUCCCGCCGCGCGCCGUGUUCGUGUUCCGCUUCGAGAGGGAAUCCACCCAAGGGGACCCCAAAACGAAGUGCGAGAGCGAGGGUUCGGCGCUGGGGAAGAAGAGGGGGAGCAGCUUCGGGGGCUACGGGGGAGUCGUGGGGGAGUACCUGGGGAAGCUUAGUAGGCGGAAUUGGAGCGAGAGCAGUAGCUGCGGCGGCGAGAGGAGGAGAAGCAGGAGGAAGAAGAAGAGCUUGUUGAAGACGAGCUCCUCGUCGUCGACGGCAUCGUCGACCGCGUCGACGAUCAGCGGAUCGACGGUCAUGGAUUGGGCCAGCGCCGAGGAGGUGGAGAUGCAGCGAGGUGAGGGGUUCUCUCUCUUGGUUUACGCUUUGAAGAGCUAGUUAGUUAGUUAGUACCUAAUUCGCAAUUUGGUGAAUUUCCCAUCCAAAUCAUCAUCUUCCUUGUUCUCUCACUCUCUAUUGGGGUUUUGAAUUGUGUUCUUGGUGUAAUUUGUGGUAUUGAAUUUUUGGGCAAGGGGGGGCCUUUUUAUAUAUAUAUAUAUAUAUAAAUAUGCAAAACUACUGACUAAUUUGUUCUUGGAUAGACCUGAAUAAGAUCAAAAGGUUAAACAGCACAAUAGGAUGUUGUUUUAGUUGAUUCAUUUCCUUUUAAUGGCUUAUUAUUAUUAUGCAAGUGCUUUGAGUUAUCUUGUAAUGUUUAGGAUAUAGAAAAGUCCUCUAACUUUGGUGGUUGCUUCUUCUAGUGGAAUCUUGUGUAUUUAGAUUAGAUCUCUAGUUCCAGAACUAGAAACCAACUGCUAAACUUUAAUAAAAAAUAUUUAAAUAUUAGUGCUUCUU